AUGAAGAGCGUCUUCCUGAGAUCUCGUCUUCUGACUGUCAAACAACACAUUCAAGUACAAUCAACGAAGAAAGAGAAGAAAACUGUUGGACAACGCCUUCUCGAACAAGCCGAAAAGGAGAAGAGAGAAGCAGUGACGAGAAUGAGAACCAGAAGUGCUGUGCGAAAGCUUCUCGUAGAUGAAGACAUGAACAAACCCAAACAGCCUAAACAUGACGACUUCAACAAGGCUGGACAGCCCAGAGCCCAGAAAACUGUGGUGUGA